AUGGAAGAGACGAGUGUGGAAGACGCUAAUUUACGCGAUUCUGCAUUUCGCAAACGACGUGUCGUCACAUGCAGACAUGGGGAGAUUGCGUUGACAGAGAUUCUCGUUUCUGAUUUGCCCCAUUCCCCUUUCGGCAUUCGCUUCCAUCUAUCAACGGCGGUGAUUGAAUUUGCUCAGUUUCAUGGGCUGGCCCAGAUACCUUCCAUGACCAUCGGCAGUGUGAUCUUGCUACAACCCCAUAGCCACAGGAUUGAGCAGGAAUAUUUUGUUGCCAGGUCAAAUAUCAACCAGGAAUAUUAUCAAGGAAACCUAACAACCAUGACCACCAAAUUUGGUUCCCACACUACAAAUUCUCAUUUUACGUUUCCUUCACUUGUGUAA